AAGCGUUAACUCUGUGCUAUACCCUGCGGUACAGGAGGAGUGUUAACUCUCUGCUGCCCCCUGCAGUACAGGAGGAGUGUCAACUCUCCCUGGUGUACCCUGCAGCACAGGAGGAGUGUUAACUCUUUCUGCUGCCCCCUGCAGUAUAGGAGGGGUGUUAACUGUCUUAUGCCACCUGCAGGCCCUGUUUUGGGAGAAGAACAAGCAGCUGGUGCACAGUUACUCUGACACUGGACGCAGGAUGAUGCCACUUGGGGAAACUCUGAUUGGUUGGCUGGGCGAUGACCUCACUUGGUGUGGGAACUCCUCUGGUGAGGGUUUGGACUCUGUGUCCUGCCCCACCACAGCUGAGUGCGAAAACAACCCCGUGGAGUCAUUCUGGAGGAUUGCGUCUUCCACAUACGCUAACCUGUCCUCAGGUGUGAUCCAGGUGAUGCUGAACGGCUCGGUCAGUGAUGGAACUUUCCCAGAGAACAGCUUUUUUGCUAAUUAUGAGCUCCCAUAUUUAAGAAAAGAUAAAGUUUCCAAAGUACAGAUCUGGAUAAUGGAUAACAUUGAAGGUCCUGAUGUUGAGUCCUGUGGUACUAAAAGUGUGGCCGUCCUGCAACAGAUCCUGGAACAGAAGGGAUUUGAGUACACCUGCGCUGAUAAUUACAGGUCCGUGAGAACACUUCAGUGUGUGGACAGCCCCAGCCACCCAGCCUGUCUCUGUUCCAGCUCUGCCUCCACUCCAAACCUCUCUCCGCACCACCUGGUUAUUCUGCUCUUUUUCACUUUUCAGUGGACUGCUGUUGACUGAAUAUUAUCAGUCAUUUUCUACUCAAAUAUCUGGUUGUCCAUCCUGGAGCAUAAUCUGUGAGACCCUUUGGCAUGGUCCGCAUGGUUGAUGGAAAAUCUGUGGAGAUUUGUGUUUAUAUUUUUUAAUAGAUUAUCUACAUUGACUUCCCUGAGCUCCAGUAACAUGUAAACUGUUUACAGCAGUGGUUAUGGAUAUUAUCAUUGUAAUGAUGGCAGUUGCACCAUAGUGAAGGCACUAGGAUCAGAAAUCAUCUUCUCUAAACAUGUUCACUAUGAGGGGAGCCGUGGCUCCUGUGAGUAAAACUCAGCGCUGAAAGUAAAACUCUUAGACGAAGAUAAAUUUGAGUAAUUAUCACAAAUUUGAAAUAUACGAGCUACGUUUUAUAGCCGAUUAAAUAUAAUAUUAUCAUGUGAUUCAUAUCAGAUUGUGUACCACUGAGCAUAUAAUGAAUUACAUAUUAAUAACUCUACUGUAUGUAUAUUCUACUGUAAUAUCUUGAUGACAGCACAAAAAUUAUUUUUCAAGUAUAUUCAUUCUUAUAUUGUCCUGUCCUUGUUCAAGGCUGAUGUAGCCAGUAAAUAAACAGCAUUUUGUGA